AUAGGUGGCAGUGCGAGCUUAAGGAAGCGAUUGGGAAGUACCAUGUGGAGGAAACUGUAACACGAAAGCAGGAACUGAGUGGACAUAUGAAGGCUUGAAUUAUGCUUUUGUUACUACGCUCUUCGGUGAGGUAUUCAGUUGCCGUUUUUAACGCACAGACCAUUUGUAAAAACGAAGUUAUUUCACGAAUUAUCUCCCCCUCUCUCAGAAAAAUGACGCAUUAUCAGACGGAAGAGAGAGGACGGCCAAACUCGACAGACUACAGGAUUUAUUUUAAAACCUCAGAUGGGAAGUACAUCUCACCUUUUCAUGACAUUCCACUUUAUGUAACAGAUGAACAGGAAAAUGAGAUACCAUCAAAGAAGUUAAAGACUGAUGAUCAGCUCCUGUUUAACAUGGUUGUGGAAGUGCCUCGUUGGUCAAAUGCAAAAAUGGAGAUUGCAACAAAGGAAGAUUUAAACCCAAUUAAACAAGACGUGAAAAAGGGCAAGCUAAGAUACGUGGCCAAUGUGUUUCCCCACCGAGGUUACAUCUGGAAUUAUGGAGCUCUCCCUCAGACAUGGGAGGACCCCAAUCACACAGACAAAGACACAAAAUGUGGUGGAGAUAACGAUCCAAUAGAUGUGUGUGACAUUGGCUCCAAGGUGUGUUCUCGUGGGGAGGUGAUCCAAGUAAAGGUGUUGGGAGUUCUUGCCAUGAUUGAUGAGGGAGAGACUGAUUGGAAAAUCAUUGCCAUUAAUGCAGAGGAUCCAGAUGCCCCAGAGUUGAACAGCAUUUCAGAUGUUCGUAAGAAAAAGCCAGGUCACCUGGAAGCCACUGUUGACUGGUUUAAGAAAUACAAAGUGCCAGAUGGAAAGCCGGAGAAUAAGUUUGCAUUCAACGGACAGUUCAAGGACAAGGACUUUGCCGUGCAGGUCAUAAGGUCCACCCAUGACCACUGGAGGGCCCUAGUGCAGAAGCAGGCUGAAGCUGGAGAGAUAAACUGCCUGAAUGCCUCAGUCUGUGACAGUGCUUUCAAAUGCAGCCAGGAGGAAGCCAGUGCCAUUGUCCAGUCGGCUCCAUCAUGUGGAGAGGCCUUAUCAGUGUCUGCAGAAGUGGAUAAGUGGCACUUUCUCUGAAAUGGCCUCUGAUCAGAAGACGCAAUUGGGAGAAACCUGUGCAGAAGCACUUACUGAGAAGGCCGUCUAACACAACAAGGUUUAAAUUGAAGUACUGUAUGACUAGAUAGUGUCCACUCACUGCACAUCUUUAUUUGAAUGCAUAUUUAUAUUGUUUUAAGUUGAUUUUUAAAUUUUUGAAGUCUAUAAUCGCAGGCCUUGGAUAUUUCUGACAAAAUCUGAUCUUUUUUAUAUUUUCAAAUUCAGGAAAAGAGUGGUCUUAGUAUCAAGGUAUGGAAAUGUUUUUGUUAGUGAGUUUCAUGAAGAUUUGAAUGAAAGCUGCCAAGCAGUUUUCAAUGUGCCAAGAUGAUCGCUCCAUAUUAGUUUGAUUCAUUCAUGCAUUUUGUUAAUUUGGUGACAAAAACCCAAUGGGUGAGUUUCGUUAUUGACUAAUAAAUAAACCGUGCAAUACAUGUCA